AUGCGCCGCAUCUCUAAUUUCCAUGAUCCGCUGGAGGCCGCAUCUCUAAUUCCAAACGCCCUCGUGUCGAGCUUGGACGGCUUAGUCUUCGGCAACAAGCGGCGGAACUUCUCGUCGAUCUGCAUCUUCGUCUACGGCGCUGGCCUGGCGUUCUGCGGCUUCUUCGCCGCGCGCUAUCCGACCGAGUCGCUGGCGAUGAUGGCGGACGCGUGGGACGUCCAGCUCGACGCGGCGAACCCUGCGGCGGCGUUCUCGCGCCACGUUCUUGCGAUCGGCGGCAUCCAUCUCAGCGCUUGGGGCAUCGGUUGUAUGUGUUUGGCACCCUCAAGUGCGGCUCCUCGCACGAAGAAGCUCGCCGCGUUCCUCAACCUCAUCGCUGCCAUUCUUGCCGCCGCCUGCUCGGCCUACCAUCCCGAAGCCAUAGCCGCGCCGCGCUGCGCGGCGUCGUCGGCCGCGGCGGCCAAGUGCGUCAAGACCGCAGCCAUGUGGUACUUGCCCGUGGCCGUGGUCGCAGGACUCGGGGUGCUGUUCGCGGACGCGGGGCCGCGCUUGGUGCGUUUGGAUGCGACGCGCGCCAUCCUGCUCGACGGCGCGGUCGACAACGCGCGGCGCGGCGCGGCCCGCAUCACGCGCGUGGACAGCCGCGCCGACUUGGUCGAAUACGCGUCGCCGCGCGUCCUCGACCGCCACAGCAAGCUAGUACCGAAAGCUGACGCCCGGACGGCCGCCGAGUACGCGGGAAUGGUAGAUGAGGAGCCGCCCUCGACGCCGAAGAAGCAGCAGUAG